ACCCUUAUAUAGUAUUCACCUUGUCUUCUAUUAUUCAUUUUUUCCCUCUAGCUGUAAUUGCAUAGGGACACAACAUCUCUAUAGCUAUAUGCAGCUAGGAGACUCAAGUGUGUUGGAGAUCUCCUCCCAUACCCAGCCUGAGAUGGCGGUGACGGCAGUAGUGUCGCCACCAGAAGAAGUAGUCCAUGAUGGCAGCGACAACAGUGGUGAUGGUGGUAGUGGUGAUGGUGGUGGUGGUGAGAUGAUUGGGAUGGACUUGGAUGCAAAUUCAGGUGAAGGAAAUGAAGGUAAUAAUAAGAUGAGCUUUGGAGGGAACCGGUGGCCCCGCCAAGAAACUUUGGCUCUCUUGAAGAUAAGGUCGGAUAUGGAUACAGUUUUUCGAGAUUCAAGUCUUAAAGGUCCACUUUGGGAAGAAGUUUCAAGGAAAUUGGCAGAACUUGGAUAUCAAAGAAGCGCAAAGAAGUGCAAGGAAAAAUUUGAGAACGUGUACAAGUACAACAAGAGAACCAAAGACAACAAAAGUGGCAAAUCACAUGGAAAAACCUAUAAAUUCUUUGAUCAAUUACAAGCCCUUGAGAACCAAUUCACAACAGUCUCUUACCCGCCAAAACCACAACCUACUUCUACUUUGGCAACAACAAACCCAUUGACAUUGCCAACAAGGCCAAGUGAUCAUGGUAACAAAGUUAUCUCUUAUGUCACAACUUUUCCUUCCACAAACCCUACUCUCAUUUCACCUUCUCCACAAACCAACACUACCACCACCACCACCACAACAACAUCCACAACCAACCCUAGAGAUUCAUCACGACCACAAACCAACAACAACAAUAAUAGUGUCACACACUCUUUGCCAAACAUGAACACCUCUUUCUCUACCACCACUGCCUCCACCUCAUCCUCCACAGCAUCAGAUGAAGACUUGGAAGAGAGGUAUAGGAGGAAGAGAAAGUGGAAGGACUACUUCAGGAGGCUCACUAGGAAGGUCUUGUUGAAGCAAGAGGAGAUGCAAAAGAAGUUCUUGGAAGCCAUGGACCAAAGGGAGAGGGAAAGGGUGGCACAACAAGACAAUUGGAGGAUGCAAGAAAUGGCAAGGAUCAAUAGGGAGCAUGAGAUUCUUGUUCAAGAGAGAUCAACAGCAGCAGCCAAAGAUGCUACAGUCAUUGCAUUAUUGCAAAAGAUGUAUGGCCAACAAAACCCCACACAACAAGUUGAAGUAGAGCCACCACCACAACAGAAGCAAACAAUUCCCCAAUCGCUGCCUCCAAUAUUAAUGCCAAACAAUAAUUUCGAGGUCAAGAAAAUAAAUAAUGGUCACAGUGUUACUAGUACUACUACUGGUACUGUUGCUACUGCUGCUACUACUACUACUACUUCGCCGGUGAAUUCUUCUUCUUCUCGGUGGCCGAAGGCGGAAGUUCAUGCUUUGAUAAGGAUAAGGACAAGUCUAGAAACCAAGUAUCAAGAGAAUGGACCAAAAGCUCCAUUGUGGGAAGAUAUCUCAAUUGCAAUGCAAAGGCUUGGGUACAACCGGAGUGCAAAGAGAUGCAAGGAAAAAUGGGAGAACAUCAACAAGUACUUCAAGAGAGUGAGGGAGAGUAGCAAAGAAAGGCGUGAAGAUAGCAAGACAUGUCCCUAUUUCCACGAGCUUGAAGCUCUAUACAAAGAAAAGAGCAAAUCGUCCAAGAACCCCUUUGGCAUCUUCCAGAAUAUGAAGCCUAAUGAGAUGAUGCUGAUGAUGACGGAGCCACUGAUGGUGCAACCGGAGCAACAAUGGAGGCCCCCACCUCAAUCAUUGGAAGAGGGUGUAGGGAUGGAGAAUGCAAGUGAAGAAUAUCAUGAAAAUGAAGAAAAUGGUGGUGACGAUGAUGAUAACAUUGAAGAGGAUGGAGAUAGUGUGGAAGAUGAAGGAGCAAACCCGUGUGAGAUUGCGACAAAUAAUUAAACGUGCUUCAGUGGACACCGUUGAAGUAGACAAGAUAAGGAAUUUUCUGAAUGGAGAAAAAUUAAGUGUGUGGUUAAAUUUACUUUUACUUAUUUCGGAAAAAAUAGUCCUUUAUUUUUUUUAUCAUUUUUUUAGACUUCAAAUUGUGAUUAUUUCUUAAGGAAAACAAAUGUUGGGUAUAGUAUAGUCAUUCAAUUUUUUAUUUUUCCAAUGGGGUUGUAACAUGCUACUGAAAAAAAUUGUCAUAGAUUGUUGACAUUAAAGGCAUGGCACAAACACCUGCACCAGACAAUUCAAUUCUUUAAUCAUCAUUCA